UUGAAUCUAUAUAUAGGGACUCAUCCAUUUAUGUAUCAAUAUCCUAAAUCUCACCCAAUCUACUUCCAAUAUCACAAACAAUGGAUCCAUCAAGCGAUGAUUUUGAUGUCGCAGCCUACUUGCAAAAUCGUGAAGUUGAAGAAACUUAUGUACUCAACCAAUUUAGAGAGCGUCGGAAAAAAAUAUUGGAAGAUGGUGCACCUCGUAGUAGAAAAUAUGUCAAUAGAGAUCAUCCAGCUGCAAACCAAAGACUAAUUGACGACUACUUUGCCAAUGAGCCUACAUAUGACGAUGCAAUGUUUCGUCGUCGGUACCGCAUGCAAAAACAUCUUUUCCUUCGAAUCGUUGGGGACCUUUCAAGUAGUGAUAACUACUUCACCCAGCGAGCUGAUGCUGCCAAGAAAGAAGGUAUAUCACCUUUAGCAAAAUGUACCACAGCAAUGCGAAUGUUAGCAUACGGUAUGGCAGCAGAUGCGGUCGAUGAGUACAUCAAAAUAGGAGGUACUACUGCAUUAGAGUGCUUACGUAGAUUUUGUAAAGGAAUCAUACGAUUGUAUGAGCAAGAGUAUCUCAGAGCACCAACCCAAGAUGACCUGCAAAAAAUACUACAUGUAAGUGAACUACGGGGGUUCCUAGGGAUGAUUGGGAGUAUUGACUGCAUGCACUGGGAGUGGAUAAAUUGUCCUAAAGCAUGGGAAGGUCAAUUUACUAGGGGGGAUAAGGGAACCACCACAGUUAUUCUUGAAGCAGUUGCAUCUCAUGAUCUAUGGAUCUGGCAUGCCUUUUUUGGACGUCCGGGAACGUUGAACGACAUAAACGUUCUAGACCGUUCACCUGUUUUUGAUGACGUGGAACAGGGAAAGACUCCAAGUGUGAAUUUCUAUGUGAAUCAACGUCCCUAUGAUAUGACAUACUAUCUAGCCGAUGGUAUCUACCCUUCUUAUCCAACUUUCGUCAAAUCUAUUAGACUUCCUCAAAGUGAACCCGAUAAGUUAUUUGCAAAAUAUCAGGAGGGAUGUCGGAAGGACAUUGAACGUGCAUUUGGAGUGCUUCAAGCUCGAUUUAAAAUCAUCCGUGAACCAGCUCACUUGUGGGACAUAGCCGAUCUGAGUAUUAUCAUGAGGUCUUGCAUCAUAUUACAUAAUAUGAUUGUUGAGGAUGAGCGAGAUUCAUAUGCUCAACGUUGGACCGAUUUUGAGCAGUCUGAGGAAAGUGGAUCUAGUGCACCGCGACCAUAUUCAACCGAGGUAUUACCCGCGUUUGCAAAUCAUGUGCGUGCUAGAUUUGAGUUCCGUGAUCAAAAAGCUCAUCACGAAUUGCAAGCAGAUCUAGUGAAGCACAUAUGGACAAAAUUUGGAAUGUUUCAGGAUUAA